GUUGCGCAUGCGCCGUAACUUCCAUCUCACCUUUCCGCGACCAUCACUUCAGAGUUUACUUCCUAACUCAUUCACUGAUGCUUUUAAACGGCUUUUCUUCGUCAAAUGAGGGGCGGCCAUCAUAAUUUAGUUGCUGUGGCGAUUGUUUCCACGCUUGUCUUUCCCGUGUGCUGCCAAAUCGUGAGCACGGAUGACACGGUCACUAAAUUAAACAGCUCAGCUGUGGAUUUCGACCUGUUCAGGGAACACUAUAACCGCACGUAUGCAGUCAACAGCGAGGAAUUUUUCCGCCGUCAGCUCUUUUAUCAGGUAGGAGAUAAAAAACAAGAAGGAGACAGAGACGUAUAGAAAAUCUCUGUCAACACUCUUGAACACGAAUGUGUAAACAGACGGCAGCUCUGUCCCUGUCAGAGUUCACUAUGGAGAGCGCCCACUGGUGUCUAUGAGGGACUCUGAUAUCUGACAGCAUGAGGGACCUGUGUGUACCAGUCUGUAUCAAAUGGCAUGCAGAAUUCCAUUAAACAUGAGAUAAACGUAGCAAUAACAGGAAAGUUAGAGUCAUGUGUUUAAUUUAACGUUGCCAGGUGUGUUGCAAAGUAGGGGAGACCGGGUAGGGUUAAACAGUUGUUGCUUCAGAACCUCUAACUCUCCAUGUCUUCUGCUGGAGUUUCCUCAAAGUUCUGUUGUCUCUGGAUGAAUGUUGAGCAUCUUGUGAGUUCAUGUCAAUGUAUAGUGUUCCUCAGUUUUCACCUAUACUCCCAGUUGCUGGAACAUAUACAGAAAUAAGUAUUAAUGUUUUUCUCUCUGUGAGUGACCCUAAGAAUUUUGUUUGCUCUUGUUUCUAAUCUUGCAAAUCAGCACAAGCGAUCAAAAAGGAAGUGGCUUAACACCAAACCCCUUGAAUGGUGGAAAUGGUUGUGUUGCAACUCUUUCCUAUUACAACAACAUCCACUCUUGUCUCUCUUAUCACUGAGACAUUAGAAUAAAUGAACUGGCUCUUUGUAAAGAAGACUGAAUACUAGCAUGAUCAGAAGUGCCAUGAUGAGCAAGUAUCAGUUUACUGAGUUAUUGUUGCUUUUACGCAGAUAUUUAAAUAACUCCGUCACUUAUGUGUAGUGACUUUAAAAUAAUUUGUAGCAUUUGUAAUUAUCACAGAGUGGUCUAAGCUUACUAACUGAAAUCAUUGGACAUAAAGUUAUCAAAAUUGGUCCAGAAAAAACCUCUUUUGAUUUAUUAUAGCAAGUUGAGAAAGUUAUAAUGUCCAAGUAACUUAUGCUGUUGCAGUAAAAUGGUGACCCUCAUCUUUUUAGUUUUCGAUGUUUCCAUUCGCUUAACUUACCGGUUGUUUUUUUUGUCAUUUCAGAGCUCUGUAAAGCGACAUGCCCAUCUAAACAAUCUAACCACCGCACCACAGUCAGCCCAGUAUGGCAUCAACAAGUUCUCUGACCUCUCACAGGAAGAAUUCAAAGGUUGUUUUGGGUUUAAUAUGCACAGUCAUUGUUUAUGUGCAUCCUUGACUCCAGGUUUGACUUUGAACUCAACCUGUUUGCACAGAUCUUUACCUGCAUGCCAGUGCUGACAGAGCUCCUCCCUACUCUGGGCCGAAGGCAGCGGGGCUGCCAGCCAAAUUUGACUGGAGGGAAAAAAAAGUGGUGGCACCGGUCCAGGACCAACUAGCCGUAAGGUUUAGGCAAAUAAAUGAUAUAUAUGUUGUGCUUGCUAAAACAUGUCUGUACAAGGGGGAGAGAGUUUAGUUACAGUCCAAUUAAAAGGAGGCAAAUGGUUUGCAAACAUUUGAAAUCAAUAAACAACAAAAAAAAUGAUGUUAUAACAGAACAGGUGGACAAACAUAACCGGUUUAUUCAAGAGGACACUCGAAAUAAUGAACCUUAUUUUGGUUGUUUUUUUCAGUUAUUUUUUAAAUAUCUCAGCUGUUGGAACCUCAAAAAUGUUGUAGAGUUGAAACUUCACCCUGAGUUAGAAAUUAAAUCCAAGUUGGCUGUGUUAAAAGUUUCCUACCAAAUCAUGCCAUCAUACAAAAUAAAAAGCUUCCAGAACUACAUUUGUUUUCACAAAAUCAUGAUUUGACAAGCGCAUGUCAAACUGAUUUACACAGGGCGCAAACAAACCUGAAAAAUGACAGAAUUACCCUUUAACUCGCAUUUAAUAUGUUCUGCUCACUGAAGGGUAAACGUCCAAGUGAACAUGAGCAAAACACAUCCGUAGAUUGUAGCGCGACUUAAAUAACAGGCACAGAAAAAUAGGUGGAAAAUGAUAAAGUAAGCCAUUAAGAGUGACUCUUGCUAAGAGAGCAGAGAGGACCUGGGGACAUGACAGGGAGAGCGGGUUAGUGAGAUGAAGCUGUUGCUCGUCCGUGCUGAAGGCUCACUUUCUGUUCUUUUUGUCCUUUAUCUCUUUAGCCAGUCAAUUUGCCGCCGGGGCUGAUAUUUUCACUGUAAAACAGUUUCCCUAAGGGAGAAAGAUUGCCCAUACAGGUUUUCACCAGCACUGUAACAUAUAUUUUAUUCCCUUUAAGCCAGGUAUGGUUUACCACCGCUGGGAGAGCGGGUGCUUGACUGUAGCCGUCUACCACUCUGCUCUCCUGCAGUUUAUCCCCCAAGAAUUGUUUUUCCUGUUUUCUGUUUUUGGACCUUGGAGAGGUUUCACAUGAAAAAGAUUGAUGGGAAAGAGACACACACAUAAAUGCAGCACUGUGCACAAAGACGCAUAAUAUCUAACCGUAACUCAUAACUUAUAAAUUCUUAUUGAUCCACUGCUCCUUUACCUUGAUUCCACUUUUUAAUUUAAGUGCAUUUCAUCUUUAAAGGAGAGAGCAGAUGGUUGUAAUGUUUUGUAAACUCAGCUCACUCUUAUUUCUAGCCCAAGCAAUAAUAACUGAUUUGAGUUUCAGUAUUGAUUUUAAGCCAGGGAACCAUAUUGAGCAGCUAAAUAUUGGAUUUUUACACCGAGCACUCAGGUUUUCAUCACAUUCAUGGGGAUUUAUGCUGAGGAGGUGAGCCGGGCUCAGUUGCACACUAUCGUUUUUGCCUGUAUAAAUGUUUUACAGAAAAAGAUGAACUCUCCUAUGUAAUGAAAAACUCUAAAGAGCUGUUUUCUCUGAAAGCCAGAAAGCACCAUCAGGACAGCAGAAAGUAUUCAGUCGUCUCAAAUGAGCCUGGGCAUUAAAACCGAAUAAAUCAAAUGAAGCAGAAAUGAAGAUUUUCCCCGGGACAUAUUUUACCUUAAGUGUUUCUGUCAGUAGAUGGCAGCAGAAAACAAUUAGUCACAGUUCACUCAGACUGGACAGAUCAUCUCAUGUCAGCGUCAUGCACAACAUCCACACCAGCUGUAGAUACCCGAUCAAGGCGUCUUUAAGGACUGCUGACUUAACCUGCUUUUCGAAGCAAAUAAUCAAAUCAAAAUGUGUUAUUUUGGGAUAUUCAUUUAAUCCCUUGUUGAAAAGGUUGCAAAUUGAGUUAUUAUGCUGAGUGAAUGCCAAGCAAAACUGCACUUUCCCCCUUCUGGUGUUUGAAGAUGUAAUUGCACCCUUGAGUUUUUAAGAUAUUUUUUAAAUUCUUCAGAUUUGUCUUGUCCUUUUUUAAAAGCAUGAUUAUUGUAAUUCUACAUUUGCAGUGUGGGAGUUGUUGGGCAUUCAGCGUUGUUGGUGCCAUGCAGUCCGUCCAUGCCAUCGGUGGCUCACCAUUAACGCCGCUCAGUGUGCAGCAGGUUCUGGACUGCUCCUACCAAAACAAAGGCUGCAAUGGAGGCUCUCCAGUCCGGGCUCUGAAUUGGUUGAAACGGGUAUGUUGAUAAUAUCUUCACAUGAAUUGAGGCCUCUCCACAUUAGUAAGUUUGCAGUGAGAGCAGAAUAAAUAAGAAUCAGGCAGAAUAAACCUUAACACCUAACACUUGACUCUGUACAGGAAAUGAAAUAAUGUUUAUCAGUCCCCAAAGUGGAAGAGGAGACCCGUGAGGAGAUUAAAUGUUACCCUUUUAAAAUAAGGCAAUAUUGUCAUGUAUUCUAAUUACAGAGAUAUGUGGUGUAGUGGCAAUAAGCAAAAUUGCCUCUGCUUCCGCUCUACAUUCAAGCAUAAAUUAGAAAACUGCCGGUGCCAGGAUCUUUUUAUAAGCAAGAUGAAUGGGUAUUUUGUAUUCGGGUAACACACUCACUGAGAUAAACUGUUUCCUUUCUAGACCAGAUUAAAAUUGGUGCCUCAGACGGAGUAUCCCUACAAGGCCAAGACAGGAAUGUGCCAUUUUUUCCCUCAGUCACAUGGCGAGGUGGCAUUGAAGAACUUUACUGCUCAGGACUUCAGGUAAAAAAAAACACAUUUUGCGAGUUUCUCAAAAGCAAUAAAAGCUCAAAAGUAACAGCGUUAUAUUUGGGAAAAAUCACAUGAAAUUUUUAUUUGGUUUACACAGAGUACCAAGGGCAGCAGAGAGGGGAGAGGGAUUGGUUCUGUGCAGUGACAGAGCGCAGUGUUUGCUGAGUAAACAUGGGUUGCUCAGUAGCACAGAGGUUCUUUACUGGGGGCCAAAGUGACUCUCUCAGUGCUAUCUUGAGUUAAAGUGAAUCAAAUCUUUCCUUAAUAUUGAAUGUUACCCUCUCCUGUUUAUGUAAUACUUGUUUUAUUUUUGUUUUGCUGCGAGCUAGAAUCAAAGUUUAAUUUUUUUAAACGUGGCAGAGAUCGCCUGGACUCCAAGGCGAGUUUUCCAGACCUAUUUUUAAAAUAAACUUAACACAAUCAUUUACUAACACAGUAAAUGUCAAUGUCAUGUCACCACUAAAACAUCUCUUUAUCUCAAACCACUCAGAGGUCAGAGUUGUGGAUCAUACUGUGAGCGUUUGGCUAUUUCCGCAGGGUAGGGAUUGUUGGGUCACGGAGAUGACUUAACCUUUUGGUUAAGAAUCUCCUAGUCCAGAUCUUUACUGCUGCACAGCAAAAGGAAAACAGCAUCGUAAAGUUUCAACAUGACAAGACGGCUUCUCACCCCGCCAUGAAUGGGAAUGCAAAAUGGCUCUAUUCAAUAAAUUUUUGGCACAGACAUACACUGCGUGGGCCAUAUGUCAUGAGUGUGGUACAGGAGGGCAUCACAGCUACCCCCAGUGGGAAUCAUCUGCUGGAAGAACAACAAGAGUCUGCAGAUGGUGCCUUCAUAUGGGCCACAGAGAGACUGAGGAAAAUAGCAGGAUUUUGACUGAGAGAAGGUGGAAAGUGUGUCUUGGAAUACAAAGAUUGGAUGCAUGAAAAGGAGAGGAGUGGGUUGAGAUGAUUAGUCAGAGUAAACAGUGAAAAGUCAGCUCAGUCAGGUGUUAAAUUAAGGAUAUAAGCUAUAGAUUAUGUGUAUCCUAAUAUAUGUUUAGGUAUUGAAGAGUAAAAUCCAGAUGAAAAUGCCACCAAAGCGUGUAAUCACCGGGUCAGUUUUGCAACCUCAAGAGUACAUUUUUCACAUUUUUCUCUCUCAGUGGUCAAGAGGAGGCCAUGAUGGGUCAGCUGGUGGAGAAAGGUCCCUUGGCUGCUAUUGUGGAUGCUGUCAGCUGGCAGGAUUACCUGGGUGGAAUCAUUCAGCACCACUGCUCCAGCCAAUGGUCUAACCAUGCCGUUCUGGUUGUUGGAUACGACACUACGGGUACAUGUUGUCACUUCGGUGGAGGAGAGUUUAUCUCACCCUGAAAAGAAAGCAGAAAUUGUUACCAAAGCUGAGAUUUAUCUUUUUAGGUCAAGGAGUUUUCUCAACCUUAGGGUACGUGAAGGUAAUUUAAAGAUGCACUGGGCGAGAUUUGAAAACGUGUGCCAGUCUCAGCCUCAGAUUGCUGCUGAAAGAGUUUCAUCUUCUCUGUAGUUCAAGGCAAGAAGAGGAAAAUGAAAAUACAUAAUUGUUCUAAAAUUGAUUAUGAUAUGUUUUAUUUUUCUAAAAGAAAAGGCUUUUAUUUAGUAGAUUUGCAGUAUUUUAGUCACAUGUCUUACCCAGUUAGGUCCUUGAUUUGAGUUGAAAAAAAUGUCAUUAUAUCACAUCACAGUUGAGACGUUAAGAAAUAAGAAAGAUGUUUCUUGGGGUUUUCUGGAUCUUAAAACAUCUUAAAAAUGUUCAACUUGAUUUUUGACAUUUAAGAUAAAAAACAACCCUCAAAAAUCCUAUUUCUACAUGUGACAGGUCUUAAACUUUAAAAAGCUUUUUAACUGAGACAUCUGUCUACUUAGCAUUAUAUAAUUUUUAAAAUGUCUUUUUGUAGCUUUGCUCGUUUACACAAUGAUUUGAGACUUUCACAGCAGCACGUUACGUUUGUAUUUACAACCUACGUGAAAGAGUGAGGGAGAAACGGCUGGUCCAAGGGAAUUCAGAUUAAGAUAAAAACACAAGGAAUAGUUGACAAAUACAAACUACUAUUAAGAGGCAACAUGCAGAGAAAAGCUUUGAAACUUGGGAUUUAUUUGGACGUACAACACCAGACUUGAUGCCUUUUGGGUCCUUAAAUGAGCUGAAAAAGUCUCAUAUUUGAUUCUAAGAAGAGCCCAGCAGCAGUCUCGAUUUUCAGAUUAUGACCAUCUGAGAGCAGAAAGCGAAACUCCAAUAUUGUGAAAACAAACCUAGAAAAUUUGGAGUUUAUGUAACUUCACCUUUGCUUCUUUGGUUCUGUUUGUCCUGUUUGGUACAUGUUGAUAAAGAAGAGCUUGUUAAGUAAACACACGUCUUUUGUUAUGUAAUCGUACACGAUUUCUCGGCAGAAAACUCUUGAUUGUUUGUAUUAACUUUUGUGACGCCAGUUUUAUCAGACCCUCUUUACUGUUUAUUUCUUGACACAGUUUCCACACAUCAGUGUUUUAUAGUUUCUCAGAAUUAAUUAUUGACUCAUACUCUUGUGUUUUGCGGGUAUUACACAAGGGUAUGAGUAUUAUAUAACAGCCUAGAACGGUUGCAUUUGCAGUAGUCUCAUACAAUCACUCAAAGACAUCCACAUAUACCUCGUAAAUAAUUCAUUCUUGGGAUGCAUGUUGUCUGUUUUAGGAGAUAUUCCAUACUGGAUAGUGCAGAACUCCUGGGGAACCAGGUGGGGAAACGAGGGCUAUGUUUAUAUAAGAAUCGGUGGCAACGUUUGCGGUGAGUAUGAUCUUGGCCUCUUGUGAUUCUCUGUUUAUAUCUCCUUUCACUACUGAGUGUGCCUAUAACUCGGCCCACUCUCCCCUCAGGGACUAAUGCGACAUCCUUUAUUUCUCUUCCCAGGUAUCGCCGACUCCGUGGCAGCAGUUGUUCUUUGAUGAGAUUGUGUGUUUAUUUUAGUUCUGCCAUCAUGUUUGCGUAAGUGACUGCUGGUGUGUUUACUGCUGCCAAAAUUUCAAUCAUCUGUUUGCCUUAAAGUGUCACUUUGAAUAGUGUUUUUUCAGGGGGGGAAUGUCACCGUGUUACAUCACAAAAACAAAAUAAAUCACUUCGUAUGCUGAUAAAUGUCGGUUCUUUAAUGAAUGAAGAAGACUUCAAGCACAAAACCACAAUAAUAAAGAAUAAAGAAGAGAUGCACUGUACAAAAAUGUAUCUUAUUAAAUACAUAAGGUAGAUACAUAGUAAAAGUAAGACAUUUAUCUAUACAGAGAUCACAUUAAUCACUGCAUAAAUACAUAAAAAAUGAAUUUCACAACAUACAGUGAACUAUACAAAAUUCAUUAUUGCACAACUACAUUAUCAACAUUAUGUACAAAUCUUCUGCUUCAUAUUUGAAAGCCUCAUAUUGAUGCUGUGCAAAUUGUUCUAUUCUAGGUGUUGAGAUUGAUUGUUUAUACAGCGCUUUAUUGUCCUUUUAUCUUCUCCUCUCGCACCUAAGCCGCAUCCCACAAGUCUGAAAUGGCUUCCUCUCCGACACCCCCCACCCCCCGACCCCCUCCUCACGCAGACAUGAAAGAUAACGCGUUUGUAAAAACCCAUCAUCGCACACCGGUUUGAUCACUGCUCUCAGCGAUCCAUUUGCUUUCAGGUCAGUCACAGUGAAUCUGCAUAAUUUUAUAGAGAAAACAUGAAAGCACAUCUUAUCAAGGAGCCAUCUGCUACACUCUGUGACCGGUCAGAAUUAGAGAUUAGAAUAAAAUAGUCUAAUUUGACUGUUUGAUUUAUUCAGAGCUAGUCACGAGUUUGAAGGGUAUGAACCUCUGUGCUGCAGCCUGAUGAAGGUAAUGAACCAAUAAUGUGCUUUUCUCGUCUGUGCGCCACAAUCUCCAGCGUGUUUUGCAUGCUUUUAGUGUCACAAGAUAAAAAGAGACUUUUGUCACUUGACUUUUUUCUUAUAAUUAAAGUAUUUUUAUAUUGCGUAUCACAACCCUUACACUUUGGAUUUCUCAAAUAGUAUCUCCGUCACGGUCUAGCACAUUUUACAAAUAGAUAAUUCAGUGUUGGAUAUGGGUAGUUCAUUGUCAAAUAUGUUUAAAUUUUCCUCCCCCGUGUUUUAGUAUGCAAGACGGUCUAAAAAGUUUCAUCAUCCUGUGAAGUAUUUUAGUGUUUUAUGCUAAAAUAAUAUUUUUAGCCUGGCCUGAUUUCCUGAGAAAGUACACCCUUUACUUUUCUUAGCCUUCUCAAGUACAUACACCAUGUCUAAUGCAAAUCUGAGCUUAGAAGAUUGAAAAAGUAUGUCUCUUUGCCUUUUAAAAGCCUCCCGCUCCUGUACACAUCUCUCACCAAAGUAUCUAAUCUCUGCUGUCGUGAGGUUAGUCAUAGAAUAAGAAAGGAAGCCAAGGCAGACAACCAAAAGUCUCCUUAGUCAGAGUCCUCACUGCUGCAGUACGAGCUGUCGCAGCAUUCAGCCGUGUAGAGGAACGUGUGAACAUUGGGGUUCAGCUUGGGCACCCAGUGGCGAGGCACCAGGAACGUUGCCAGGUUGAACAGAUCCACAAACACUUUGUAGCGGUCACUGAAGGUGGGGAAAAAAAAUCGUUUAUGUAUUCAUGUCAUGUACUCGUGCAAUUUGAUGGGGCAUCUGUUAUAAAUUGUUCUUGGUGGAGGACAAAAGCUAACUUAAACUGUUCUAAAAUUUAUUAGAUAAUAAAGAGCUGUGUCACAGCUAGUUUAAAAUGAACUUUUAGUGAAGUUUGCGGCUGUCAAGAGGAAGCGGCUACACGACAGGUUAAUUUAGAUAAGCACAGAGUAGUUGUGUGCUCCCCUUAUCUAAAUUAACUCUGAAGUGUUUGAGAUACCUGCAGUGUAAAGUGUUUAAUCAGUAGGUUAAAGUUUUAAGCGUACAAUACCUGACAGUUGAUCUAAGGUAGUGGUAGCCGGAUGAGCCCCCGGUGCCGGCCUUGCUGCCGAUCAUGCGAUGCACCAUGCAUACAUGAUUGUCUAAAAAGAAAAAGCAGAAACAUCCCCCGUUACAUGAGCAAUGUUUGCUCUGCGUCUUUGACCUGCAGAGUAUUAGUAAUACAUGGGUUUUGGAGUGAUCAGCAGCUGCAGAGGAUGUUUUUCUGCCUCUGAGCUUCUCUGCUAACUAUAGCUCAGUGAAGUCCAGCUCUGCCCUUGGGCGAAACAUUAAAACAUCGGUUUUUAGUACUAGAAAUCUGCUUUUUUCUCCCCUCUGAGAUUAUUAUUUCUUGUUUAUCUGUGAGGAUAUUUCACAACAAACAUGGAGGCUUCAGCACUUACAUCUCCAUUUUGUCAUGAGGGUGUCGAUAUCCAUGAGGGAUGUAAGCAGUUGGAAAGGAACCUGAAACCUCGGCUCUUCCCUACAAGGUAAAAUGAAGAAAGAAAGAGAUUUAAGUUCUUGAGUUUGUGCAGAAAUUGAGGCGGCGCAUGAAAAUGCACCUGAGAGUUGUUGCUAGAAGUUGUAAAACAGGAGCAAGUAGAACCUCCCCAUGACCCCACCGGGCAGUGAACAUCUUACACUAUCAGUCUCAGAUCAGUUAUCACCUUUCAGUGACUGUUUCACGAAGCCGUUAACAUGUUUCAGCUUAAUGAGAACACUUGGCUUCUAAUCACACCUUUAGGCAAAUGUGACAGCUCUCCCUCAGAUGAGUGUGGAAAUAAUAUAAAUUCCUAUAUUAUGCUAAUUAAAGGCAAGACAUAUAUAUAUAUAUGGGGAUAUAGGAUAUAUAGUGUAAUGUAGAGCAAGCGUGGUGGAACACUGUGUGCAUGUCUGGGUGUAUGCUUAUAUGUCGCCCUUAUUUUGUAUUUUGAAGUCAUGCCCCUUGUGUAUCUACAGCGCCUUCAUGGGAUGUAAAGUCACACACUGGGACACAGAUAUUACACACUUUUGGAGGGCAAUGUGUGAGCACAAAGGUGUGAAUCAGGGAACUACUCAAAGGCUACUGAGACCAACUUUGAGAGUUUGACAACCCCUAAGAUUCUAUGUGUGGUUGAAAAAGUGAGCAUUACAAGGUGGAAUUAAACCUUUUCAUAUUUUACAAGUGUUCGGUUAAGUGUUCGAUGUGAAUACAAGAUGAAGGCAAGUUUCAAAGUGUGAAGUAAUCAAGGGAUGAGGCUGCAGGUUGUUAACUAAACGUGAUUUACUCAAUUUGUGACAUCACUAAUUGGUGAAUUUUCUUAAAGAGAAUACUAAACUAAACCGAGCUGUUCUUUAUAGAUGGGGAUUUUUUUUGUCCCUUUCUAGGUCAGAUUUAGAGUCCAAACAUGUGACCAUAUAUUCCUUCUUUUUUUAUUUUGAAUAGAGAAACACCAGUAACUUUAUAAUAACAUUACACUUAGCUUCACAGCACAGGGUUGCCUAUAAUUUACAUGUCAUCUUAAAGGGAGCUUACAACUUUUUUUUAUCAGCCUUUAACUUAUCAAUUAAACUGAUUAUUACAGUCAUUUUUUCUCUGAAUUCAUUGUAUUUAAGUUUGUGACCUCUAAUUGCUGCAUGACCUUCCAUGUGUUUAUUGGAAAAGGUUUAUCAAUUUGACUUGAAUAAACUUAAAUAAAACAAAUUUGUCAUAUGGCAACAGCAGAAGAGGGUUCUGGAGUGCUUUUAGGUCCCAUUUUAGACAGAGGCUGUAACAGGGGUUUUAAAAAAUACAAAUCUGGGAUAAGUAACAAUAUUUUGUUUUGUUUUGAACAAAUCAGAAAGAUUAUAAAUAGCCCAAAAAAUGAACAUCAGACUUUUUCUUCAGGGUUUGGAAUUUUUAAAAGGAUUCAAUUUAAGACCUCGUCUCAAGGACUCACUCUUGGGUGUUCUUAAGACGCUAAAACCUCUGCUGCCCCAGUGAAGCUGUGGUCAACAGUAUAAAGCUGUGCAUACAAGGCAGUUUGUAUGCGUGGAGUCUGUAUGAGUCUCUAGCAAACAUUAGAGGCACUGUGUCAGCAGAGAGUCGCUGGAUAAUUAAAGGCGAAGAAACAGGGUUUCAAUUGACAAUCAGAUUCAUUGAAACGCUGAAUUCACAUACCUGUAGAAGUAGAUCAUCAGAGCACCUUGGAGAGCUUUGUAAGACAGCCGCCUCUCACCUUGUGGAACAAUAUAAAAAACAGUUUACUGCAAAUGAAAAACUCGUCGCCUUAUUUCAUGUCCUUGUGAGCCAGUGAAUGAGUGUUUCAGUUCGCCAAGGUAGUAAUACAAAAGAUUUUUAGAAUGCAAGUCAACUCUGAGUCACACUUGACUAACACGGCACAUUUGAUAAUCAGGCUUUUCAAUUCAGACUAAGACACGCACCUUUGCUAACAAGAUGGUCGUGGCGCUUUUCAUCAAAGAGAGACGUGAACAGCUCUCUCUGUUUGAUCAGUUCAGCCAUGAUUUCCUCCUUCUCCUCCGAGUCUGCCAUUUUCUUUAAAAAGAAAAAUAAAGAAAAAAAAUACAGUUUCUGUCAAUCAUCUGUGAAAUCCGCAGGGAGCAGAGAAAGUUUGCUCUGAAAGCCGCAGUCAUAUCUUACCUCGAUUUUCUCCUUCUCCAGAUUCAACCCAUCAAAUAUAUUGAUUUCCAGCUUUUCCCAGAAAUUGAAUCCAUCCGCCUCCAAGCCAGGAGUUCUCUCCAGCCACUCCUGAGAAGAACAACCCAGAGUUUCAUCACAUCUUUACCCAGUACAGUCGGAGUAGGGCUGAUCCACAGCAACACAAUAACAGAGAUACACAGGUGUCUACUUUUAUGACAUCUUUCGUACGUUUAAGUAUUCAUGACUGUGCAGAGGUGUUUGGUGAUCGUCAGACAAACCUCGACCAGCUUUAAGAGAGGGGCCUCCUUUUCAGUGGCGAUCAGCAUCUCACUCUCAUGACCUUUGAAAUUGUCUCUGUAAUGGCGUCUGUUGUAGGGAACCCUCUGGUUGUCCGGCACCCCGAUUUUGUUCUCCAGCAGC